AUGGAUUCCUUACAUAUUCAAACAGUUGAAAUGCACACGGGUGGGGAGCCUCUUAGAAUCUUGAAGUCGGGGCUACCCGAGGUCCACGGAGCGACUCUGCUGGACAAAUUCAAGUACUGCCUCGAAAAUAUUGACCACGUGCGGAAAUUUCUCAUGCAAGAGCCGCGCGGCCAUAAGGACAUGUUCGGAGUUUACCUAGUUCAACCGGACAUUGAAGAGGCGGCGCUGGCCUGCAUCUUCAUCAACAGCGGGGGGUACUCGACCAUGUGCGGGCACGUCACUAUCGCCCUGGGGCGUUACGCGGUUGAUCGAGGGCUUAUCAGAGCUCCUACGUCACCAGUGACGCGCUUCCUACUCCAGUGCCCGUGCGGGCCCGUGGAAGUGUUGGUGGAUUAUAAGGAUGGAAAGGCCGGGGCGGUGGCCUUUUGCAGUGUGCCGUCGUUCUUGAACGCAAAAGAUUUGGAGGCCGAAGUACCGGGGUUCGGCACAGUUACUUUUGACAUCGCAUACGGUGGGGCUUUCUACGCCAUCGUACCCGCCAGCAGAGUAGGCGUAAACCUGGAUACCGCCUCUGCACAGGAGAUUAGACACGCCGCCGGAAAUCUUACAGACGUUAUACGUGGGAGCUUGAAGUUGACGCACCCCGACAGUCCAGACUUGGCUGUCCUGCACGGCACCAUAUUGAUCGACGGAAAUGACGUAGCUGGGAAGUCUGAAAAUGCCCAAGUGUGUGUGUUCGGAGAGAGACAGGUUGACAGAAGUCCAUGUGGUUCUGGAACAACUGCAAGGGCCGCCCAGUUGUUCUUCAGGGGUCAGUUGAAACUGAACGAAGCAAGAGACUUCCGGGGCCCCACGGGGUCAACGUUCAAAGCCACCGUGGUUAAAGAGGUGAAAUAUGGCCCCCACGAUGCUGUCGUGGUUGAAGUAUCGUCCAAGGGUUUCUACAGUGGCGAGUGCGAAUUCGUUCUAGAAGCAGACGACACUAUAGGGAACGGAUUUCUGCUGCGUUAA